ACACACCUCCUUCUCCUCUAAAUUCAAAUAAUAAAAAUGGAUGUUAAAUCAAUCAAAGAAGUAGAGAAGGCGCAGGUGGAUAUAUGGCAGUACGUAUUCGGCUUCACUCCAAUGGCGGUCGUCAAAUGCGCAAUCGAGCUCCAAAUAGCCGACGUCUUGGAGAGCCACGGCGGCGCCAUGUCGCUGGUCGACCUCUCCUCCGCCGUGGCCUGCUCUCCCUCCGCGCUCCACCGCAUCAUGAGGUACUUGAUCCACCGCGGUUUCUUCAAGCUGCAGGAGUCCACAAACCAAUACGCCCACACUCCUCUCUCCCGCUUGCUUUUGAAAAACGAAGCGAAUAGCCUCACUUCGUUUGUGUUGCUGGAGAGCAGCCCCGUGAUGCUGGCUCCGUGGCACAAGCUGAGCUCGCGCGCCUCCGUCCACGGAGGCUCGGCCUUUGAGGCGGCCCACGGAGGGGAUGUGUGGGAGUACGCGGCCCAAAACCCGGCCCACAGCAAGCUCAUCAACGAUGCCAUGGCCUGCCACGCUGGAAUCGCUGUUUCCGAGAUUGUGCAGCGAUACGGCGAGGUGUUUGAAGGGAUUGGCAGCUUGGUGGAUGUUGGCGGCGGGGAUGGAACUGCGCUCCGUCGUAUCGUGGAGGCGUGUCCGUGGAUCCGCGGGAUUAACUUCGAUCUCCCCCACGUUGUCUUGGCCGCACCACCGGUACAAGGUGUGGAGCAUGUUGGUGGGGACAUGUUUAAACAAAUCCCCAAGGCAGAUGCUGCUUUUAUCAUGUGGGUGUUGCACGAUUGGAGCGAUGAGGAAUGUAUUCAGAUACUGAGGAAAUGCCGAGAGGCGGUGCCGGAGGAGAAGGGGAAGGUGAUGAUUGCAGAGGCGGUGAUCGUCGAGGGAGAAGAGGACAAGUACAGCGAUGUUAGGCUGGCACUGGACAUGGUGAUGAUGGCCCACACCGAUAAAGGGAAAGAGAGGACUAUAGAAGAAUGGGAUUUUGUGAUAAAAGGAGCUGGUUUCAGGAGCUAUACUGUCAAACAUAUUUCCUCUAUUAUUGCUGUCAUCGAGGCCCAUCCAUGAAAUUCUGCAUAUCAUUCAUUUCUUUACUGUUUACUCUAAUAAUGUAUUUUGAACUUAUAUGCGUUUCUUUAUUAGUUGGUGUGAAUGAUCAUAUAUAAUAUGACGAUCACUCGUGUUGAAAUGAGAUCAUAAUGAAAUGGAAAUUUCAAUGUUUAUUUUA